AUGGGGCGCGGCCAAUCUGAGAUUUCUCUUUCUAAAGUCGAUGAGGCAGAAGCAAGUGGGAUGGAUGGAAGCCAUUGGUUGGUGGUUUGUGAACCACCAUUUGAGAUUAAGUUUGUUCAGAUCUAUGCGGAUUAUUAUGCGAAACUACUGGAACCUUAUGUAGGGAGUGAAAAAGAAGCUAAGAAGAUCAUAUACUCCAUUUCUAAAGAGAUCUAUUUUGGUUUCGGAGCUGUUUUGACAGAAGAGACGGUCAAAAAUUUAAGAGGACUAGACGGCAUCUUUCUGGUGGUACCUGAUACAUAUGUCAACAUCCACCACAAAGUGUAUGCAGGUAACUGA